CUGCCAGGAGCCGUCGUUCGCAGGCGCGGAGAUAGCCGGGAAAGGGCCACUUCCCUCACGACAGACCCCCGGAAGUCGUGUCCGCGUCCGAGUGCUGCGGGUUUGCCCUGCGCCGCUUCGCUUCGCCGCGAAUUCGCCCGCGCUUUCCGUUUGGCAUUUCCUUCCCGCCAGAGUCGUUGCCCGCCCUUGGCUUUGUGGUCCCUGCGCCCAGUGUCCGGAAACUUGGCUGGAAGGAGCCCGACCUCAUCUCUGCAGGGACAGGCGGGAGGCGCGACGCCGAGUGGACGCAGAACGGUCAGAGAGAUCUGAAGAGAUUUCCUGGAUCUGGGAGUGGAAUCUUUCAAAUCCACCUUUGCAUUGUGCUGCGUUUGUUGAAACAAUGUUUGGAAGACUGACUCUUCCACAGUGGCUUUUUGCCACCAUCCUUGGAAUCGCUGGAGGAGUGUAUAUUUAUCAACCAAUAUUUGAACAGUAUUCCAGAGAUCAGCAGGCAUUAAAAGAAAAGUUGAAAUUGGCACAAGAAUCAGAAGAGAAGAAGAGUUAAUACUAUAUGGAGUUGAACUGUAAUAAUUAAAGUUCCAUUGAAAUUGUACAUUGACUAUAAAUAAUCUGGUAAAACCUUCUCAAAUACAUUUUAAACAUUAAAAAAUGAAAUACAAAAGGGCUGAUAUUGAAAAGUAAUAAUUCUUUACCUGUCUUUCUCCUAUUGCUAGGUCUGGUAUUUAAAAUGCGUUGUUAAGGUAGCAAUGUCAAUUUUAAUGUUUUUGUACUUUAAUUGCCAUUUUAUGUCUUUCUACCAGGACAGAUUAGUAAUUUCUUUUAAGCAGAAAUGAAUAAUUGUAAGUAAUAUAUUGUUCUCUAAAACCAAAAAACCCAUGGCUGUUGAGUUAAUUUCAACUUACCAUGACCAUGUAGGGCAGAGUAGAGCUGCCCCAUAGGGUUUCCAAGGCUGUAAUCUUUACGGAAGCAGGCUGCCACAUCUUUCUUCUGUGGAGUGGCUGGUGUGUUCAAACCACUGACCUUUCAGUUAGCAGACAAGUGCUUAACCAAUGUGCGCUUAUUGUAACGAAUACAAUUCAGUGUCAUUUAGUACAUUCUCUAUGUUUAGCAGCCAUCGCCUCUACUUCUAAGACAUUUUCAUCACCCCAAAAAGAAACCUUGUACCCAUUAAGCAGUCACUCCCCACCCUUGGUAACCACCAAAAUGCCUUCUGUCUCUUUGGUUUACCUAUUCUGAAUAUUUCACAUAAACAGAAUCAAAACAUGGCCUUUUGUGUCUGACUUCUUUGGUUUAAUGUAAUGCUUUUAAGGUUCACCCAUGUUGUAGCAUGUAUCAGUACUUCAU